GCCCCGGGGACAAGGAAGGAAGGCCGGGCCGCCAAGUCUCGGAGCGGCCGUUCUCCUCGGAUCUGGGGGGAGCCUGCCCCAACACCUCGUCUUCAGACGUCCCCCUCCUCACCCCCCAGCCCCGGCCGCUGACGGGAGGAGGCGGCGGGGGGCUGAGGGGCGCCGCCAUGCCUCUGCCGCGGUGAAGCGCCCGGCCGUGAGGAGCCGCUCGGUCUCCCCGGUGAUGUCCCCCAGGCGGCAGGCGAAAGCGACUUACUCGAGUCCUGGGCUAUGGCAGAGGAACAACAACAGCCGCCACCACAGCAGCCUGAUGCCCAUCAGCAGCUUCCCCCCAGCGCCCCCAACUCGGGGGUGGCUCUGCCAGCCCUUGUGCCCGGGCUGCCAGGGACAGAGGCCAACGCGCUGCAACACAAGAUCAAGAACUCCAUCUGCAAAACUGUACAAUCUAAAGUGGACUGCAUUUUGCAAGAAGUUGAGAAGUUUACAGACCUAGAGAAACUCUACCUCUACCUUCAACUGCCUUCUGGUCUCAGCAAUGGAGAGAAAAGUGAUCAGAAUGCCAUGUCAUCUAGUCGGGCACAGCAAAUGCAUGCCUUUUCCUGGAUUCGGAAUACCCUAGAGGAACAUCCUGAGACUUCACUGCCCAAACAGGAAGUCUAUGAUGAAUACAAGAGCUACUGUGACAAUCUUGGUUACCAUCCGUUAAGUGCUGCUGACUUUGGAAAGAUAAUGAAAAACGUCUUUCCAAACAUGAAGGCACGUCGUUUGGGCACUAGAGGCAAAUCUAAAUAUUGUUACAGUGGACUAAGGAAAAAAGCUUUUGUUCAUAUGCCAACACUGCCCAACCUUGACUUUCACAAAACUGGAGAUGGGUUGGAAGGAGCUGAACCUUCUGGGCAGCUUCAAAAUAUUGAUGAGGAAGUUAUAUCUUCUGCUUGCCGUCUUGUGUGUGAGUGGGCCCAGAAAGUAUUAAGCCAGCCGUUUGACACAGUCUUGGAAUUAGCCCGUUUCCUUGUAAAAAGUCACUAUAUAGGCACCAAGUCAAUGGCAGCUUUAACUGUAAUGGCAGCAGCACCAGCAGGAAUUAAAGGAAUUACCCAGCCUUCUGCUUUUAUACCUACAGCUGAAAGUAAUUCCUUUCAGCCACAAGUAAAGACUUUGCCAUCUCCUAUUGAUGCUAAACAGCAGUUGCAAAGGAAAAUCCAGAAAAAGCAGCAAGAACAGAAACUACAAUCCCCUUUGCCAGGAGAAUCCUCAGCAAAAAAAUCAGAAGGCGCGACAGCCAAUGGAGUGGCUAAUCUUCCUAAUGGAAAUCCUGCAAUUCUUUCUCCUCAACCCAUUGGUAUCGUUGUGGCAGCUGUCCCUAGUCCCAUUCCGGUCCAGCGGACCAGGCAAUUGGUAACUUCACCAAGUCCUAUGAGUUCUUCUGAAGGCAAAGUUCUUCCCCUCAACGUACAGGUGGUCACUCAGCACAUGCAGUCUGUUAAACAGGCACCAAAGACUCCUCAGAAUGUCCCAGCCAGUCCUGGUGGGGAUCGUUCUGCCCGACACCGUUACCCUCAGAUCUUACCCAAACCAGCCAACAGCAGUGCACUCACCAUUCGCUCUCCAACUACUGUCCUCUUUACUAGCAGUCCCAUCAAAACAGCUGUUGUACCCGCUUCACACAUGAGUUCUCUGAAUGUGGUGAAAAUGACAACUAUAUCCCUCACACCCAGCAACAGUAAUGCCCCUCUUAAACAUUCUGCCUCAGUCAAUAGUGCUACAGGAACAACAGAAGAAUCAAGGAGCAUUCCACAGAUUAAGAAUGGUUCUGUUGUUUCUCUUCAGUCUCCUGGGUCCAGGACCAGUGGCACUGGGGGAACAUCUGCUGUGGAAGUCAAAAUGGAGCCAGAAACAUCAUCAGAUGAGCAUCCUGUACAGUGCCAAGAAAACUCUGAUGGGGCUAAAAUUCCCCAAACACCUAGUGCUCUUUUGGGGCAGAAAAGUAAUACAGAUGGAGCAGUGCAAAAACCUUCAAAUGAAGGUGUCAUUGAAACAAAAGCAACUAAGGUCUGUGACCAGAGGACCAAAUGUAAAAGUCGCUGUAAUGAAGUUCUGCCAGGCACUUCGACAGGCAAUAAUCAAAGCACUAUCACUCUCUCAGUUGCUACUCAGAACCUAACUUUCACCAGCACUAGCUCACCAUCUAAUGGUGACUCAAUAAAUAAAGACCCAAAAUUAUGCACUAGAAGUCCAAGAAAACGACUAUCUUCUACAUUGCAAGAGUCCCAGGUGCCUCCUGUAAAGAAACCAAUUGUGGAACAGCUUCCUGGAGUUAGCAUAGAAGGUCAGAAAACGGGCAAUGUUAAGAAGGACCAAAAGGUUCCACAUUCAGGGAAAUCAGAAAGUUCAACAGCAGGUGCUCAGAUUCCUAACAAGGUAUCAAUCAGUGUCAAUUCACACAUGGUGGAAAAUCAACCCUUGGGUUCUGCUCUUAUUACCAGUGAUUCAGCUUUGGAACAACAAACAACACCAUCAUCGUCUCCAGAUAUAAAAGUAAAACUUGAAGGGAGUGUCUUUCUCUUGGACAGUGAUUCAAAAUCAGAUGGCAGCUUUAAUACAAAUGAAUGGCAACAAGUCACUAAGGAUUCUGAAUUUAUAUCUGCCACCUGUGAACAACAGCAAGAUAUUGGUGUUAUGACAAUUCCAGAGCACUCUGAUAUCAAUGAUUUAGAGAAAUCCGUUUGGGAAUUAGAAGGAAUGCCACAGGAUGCAUAUAGCCAGCAGCUACAUAGCCAGAUACAAGAAUCUCCUUUGAAUCAAAUACAAGCACAGUCUUCAGAUCAGUUACCUCUGCAAUCCGAACUGAAAGAGUUUGAACCUUCUGUUUCCCAGACAAAUGAAAGCUACUUUCCUUUUGAUGAUGAACUUACUCAAGAUAGUAUUGUGGAAGAACUGGUGCUUAUGGAACAGCAAAUGUCAAUGAACAAUUCACAUUCAUAUGGUAACUGUUUGGGAAUGACCCUUCAGAGUCAGUCAGUAACUCCGGGAGCUCCCAUGUCAUCUCAUGCCUCUAGCACCCACUUCUAUCAUCCAAUCCAUAGCAAUGGCACUCCAAUUCACACACCCACACCCACACCCACUCCUACACCAACCCCAACACCAACUCCAACUCCUACAUCUGAAAUGAUUGCCGGGUCUCAGAGUCUAUCACGGGAGAGCCCUUGCUCCAGGUUAGCCCAGACUACACCUGUGGAUAGUGCUUUAGGAAGUAGCCGACAUACACCCAUUGGUACUCCACAUUCUAAUUGCAGCAGUAGUGUCCCUCCCAGCCCUGUUGAAUGCAGGAAUCCUUUUGCAUUCACCCCAAUAAGCUCCAGUAUGGCAUAUCAUGAUGCCAGCAUUGUCUCAAGCAGUCCUGUGAAACCAAUGCAAAGACCCAUGGCCACACACCCUGAUAAAACCAAGCUUGAAUGGAUGAAUAAUGGGUAUAGUGGGGUUGGUAACUCAUCAGUUUCUGGCCAUGGCAUUCUCCCAAGCUAUCAGGAACUAGUGGAAGAUCGUUUCAGGAAACCUCAUGCUUUUGCUGUGCCUGGACAGUCUUACCAAUCUCAAUCCAGACAUCAUGAUACUCAUUUUGGUCGUUUGACUCCUGUCUCUCCUGUGCAGCAUCAGGGUGCCACUGUAAAUAACACCAAUAAACAGGAAGGUUUUGCCGUCCCUGCGCCUCUUGAUAAUAAAGCAACUAAUUCAUCUGCCAGCAGCAACUUCAGAUGCCGGAGUGUGAGCCCUGCUGUCCAUCGCCAACGUAAUCUUAGUGGAAGCACCCUCUAUCCAGUGUCUAAUAUCCCACGAUCUAAUGUGACCCCCUUUGGAAGCCCAGUAGCCCCAGAAGUUCAUGUUUUCGCAAAUGUUCACACAGAUGCAUGUGCCAACACCAUAGCUCAAAGAAGUCAGUCAGUUCCAUUAACAGUCAUGAUGCAGACAGCCUUCCCAAAUGCUCUUCAGAAGCAAACUAACAGUAAAAAAAUAACCAAUGUUUUGUUGAGUAAACUUGAUUCUGACAAUGAUGAUGCAGUGAGAGGUUUGGGAAUGAACAACCUUCCCUCAAAUUACACAGCCCGGAUGAAUCUCACCCAGAUUUUGGAAACUUCCACUGUUUUUCCUAGUGCCAACUCUCAGAAUAUGAUUGAUUCCAGCACUUCUGUGUAUGAAUUCCAAACACCAUCUUACCUCACCAAAAGUAAUAGCACCGAUCAGAUCAGUUUUUCUCCUGGAGAUAAUCAAGCACAAUCUGAAAUUGGAGAGCAACAAUUAGAUUUCAAUAGCACUGUUAAAGACCUGUUGAGUGGAGACAGCUUGCAAACCAACCAGCAGCUGGUAGGUCAGGUAGCGUCUGAUCUUACCAACACUGCAUCUGAUUUCUCUAGUGAUAUCAGGUUGUCUUCUGACCUCUCAGGCAGCAUCAAUGAUUUGAACACUUUAGACCCAAAUCUACUGUUUGAUCCAGGUCGUCAGCAGGGACAAGAUGAUGAAGCUACACUGGAAGAAUUAAAGAAUGACCCGUUAUUUCAACAAAUUUGCAGUGAAUCCAUGAACUCUAUGACUUCAUCAGGUUUUGAAUGGAUAGAAAGCAAGGACCAUCCUACUGUUGAAAUGUUGGGUUAAAUUGUGUUUUAUAAUAUGUAGCACACUGUAUCUAAAGACAUAUGUAUUGUAUUUGUCUUAAUGGAAGUGCCUCCCGCAGCAGAAACACUUACUAUUAAUUGUGACAUUUUAAAAGCGUUUGCUGCAGAAGUGGUUUCUUCUUCAGUAGGAAAUGGUUAGACUUGCCUCGGUUCUUAACAAGUUUCUGAAGACAGUAGGCUGUAGAAGAACAAGUAUUAGGUUUUAAAUUUUAUAAUGUUCCCCAUUUAAUCACAUUGUUUGCUAGUAAAGAAUCAGCUAUCCAGCUUUUACAAGAGCAGUCUAGAUCUUUAUUUUGUAUAAGUUCAUUUUAAUUCAUUAGUUGAUCUGCACAAAAUUUAGAAGAAACCAUCAUUUAAGUAUAGGCUAUUUCUUGUUGGCAUUAUCUUUUAGAUAUGAAAUCAUAGCUAAGGUGAACUGUAGACAAGAAGGUCUUCCUUGAAACAGGGAUAAUAUUCAGGUUAUUAUAAAUAUUUAGGUUUGAAGCAUAGAGCUACUGUAGGAUGAAAAAUCUCUGUAGGACUUUCUGGGGCUUCAGUACCAUUUAUACCCACAAUGAAGGGCUUAAAUAGGAGAAAAUAAUGGAAAUAAGUAUUAAUUUAAGGAAAGUUAAAGCUGCACUAAAUUUUUUAAAAGGAAAAACUAGUAGCCAUUUAUAUUUGUGACCUUGCAUUAGUCCAAUUUUAAAAUGUUGAUUUUAAUAUGGAGCUAACACACACAAAACAAAUAACUCCAGACAUUGUAAUUUAAUAGGGUAAAUACAAGCAUGUUAGAACACUUUGAUGUUUUAUUAUUUGCUAGUUGAGGUAGGGGUAUUUUCCUAGUCACACCACAAUGGCUGCAUAUACAUAUUAAAAUUCUAUUUAAGAUUUA